AAUAACCCGAACUGUUGCACGGGUACCCACAACGCCCUGGAGACCUGCCCCUCCUCUAGCGUUGAGUCCUACUCUUAUUUCAAGGACAGCUGCCCGGAUGCCUAUGCCUACGCGUUCGACGAUCCCACCGGGCUCAACCAUUGCGACUCCGCUCUCCAGGCCGACUACACCAUCACUUUCUGCCCGUGA